GUCACCAAAGCUGUGAUAGUUAAGUUCGCAAUUAAAUUUGUUCAAAAUAAAUGUCUAUGACGUCUUGGGUAAUCGCGCGAGUCGGCGCGUUAUUUUUACUAACUGUGCUAUUCGUUGCUCUAAUUCGAAGUGUGGAAAGCGUCGAUAAGCAAGAUCAGAAGUGUCUACAACCACUUGAAGCAGGACUAUGCAAAAUGAAUUUGGAACGCUACUAUUAUGACACUACAACAAACACUUGUAAGACCUUUCGCUUUGGCGGCUGUCGAGGUAAUGACAACAAAUUCGGCUUUCUGAAAACGUGCGAAGAAACAUGCGUACGCACAACGGUAGCAACAACACCAAAACUCAUUAAACGAAAAUAAU